CAAUCAACGAAGACCACAUUGACGUUGGCAUUUGCGUUCUUUUCUCUCUGCUGAUCUCCAAAAGGAUAAGCAUCCAUAUCUGAUAUUUUUUAUCAGCUUAUUGUAGUUCUUCUCCUGGUUCUUGUUGGCUGUAAAUCUGGUGGAAUAACCAUUUUCAAAGCUAUGGCGCUUUAUGGAACCACCUUAUCCUUCAAUGGACUUUCUUCUACUAUCAAGGAGUAUAAUUUCUCACCAGGUUCAUUCUUCAACAGCUUUCAGAAGCUACAUCAUGUUUGUGUGCCUUCCUUCUCUUCAAACAGGUUAGUUUUUGGCCAAAGUUUUGGAAGAGCAGACCUGUGUCUUUUGCCUGGUCAAUGUCACAAGUUGCAAAUGGGAAGAUUCAGGAGACGACAGGAAGUAAAAAGUGAAGACUCAGAGGGCAUAUUGAGUAGUGAAAACAUUGCAUUGGAUGAACAGACAUUGGAGGAGGAGCUACAGAAUGCCAUUGCAGAAGAGAACUAUGCUAAAGCAGCAGAAAUAAGGGAUACCCUCAAAAACCUUCAGAAAGAUAGCAAAACAACAGUGUUUGGAGCAAACAGCCGGUUUUAUGAGUCAUUCAGGACUGGUGAUCUUGCAGCCAUGCAAGCCCUGUGGGCAAAACGGGAUGAGGUAUGCUGCGUACACCCUGGUUUGAAAGGAAUAUCUGGUUAUGAUGAUGUUAUUGAGAGCUGGAACUUUGUAUGGGCUAACUAUGAAUUUCCGCUAGAAAUUAAGCUAGAAGACAUUAAGGUUCAUGCUAGAGGGGAUAUGGGGUAUGUUACUUGCAUGGAAUUUGUAAAGACAAAAGGAGGUAGAUGGGGAGGACAAUUUGUAACAAAUGUGUUUGAGAGGAUUGAUGGCCAGUGGUUUAUUUGUAUUCAUCAUGCUUCCCCGGUAGACUUGUGAAUGCAUCAAAGUCUUCAAUAUAGAUAGAAAGUUCACUCUUUGUUGCCCUUUCUUG